GAGAAUUAGAUCGCCCCAAUACAGACGCAACUCAGGAGCUUGUACCUCGGGAGGUCUCCAUCCAUCUUCUUCGACUUCAACCUCUCUCUCCCUCCCCUCCUCUUAUAAUCUUCCCCUCGAUCUCCCUUCUUCCUGCGCUCUUAAAUAUAUAUCGAUUCUCUCUUCCUUUCUCUAGACUUUGAUCGGUCGCCACCGUCGUUGUCGCCUUUGCCUCUUUCGUCUGAUGAUCUCUUUGUUCAAUUUAUCCUUUGUUUCAUUGGAAGAUUAGAGAAUGAGUAACACAAUGAGGCCGAGGGGGAGAGUCAUGUUUAACCUGGUCUAUGAUAGAGGUUGAAUAGAUCGAUUCACGUUAAGGCGUCAUUCAUUUAUUUUCGCAAACCCUUGUUCCUUUGAUUAAGAGAAUAAUUCAUGCAAGUUCAUGUCUCCUUGUUAAUAAUGGAGGGUAUUCUUGUUUUCGAGCCCAAUAUCCAAUUUUAGUUAUUACACUACAGCUAUUUAUACAGUGAUCUUUUAGUAGUUAUAAUCUGUGUGUUCGGUUUGAUAUAAAUUCGCAUUCGUGAACGAAUCUGUGAAUCCGAAUGACGGAUAAGGAAAAAGGCAUCAAGAAAAGCCUCAUCAUCAGGACAUGGGAGCGAUGUAAGUCACUUGGACAUGGAAGAGGCGGAGGAGGCGACCGCGCCGGCUACUUUGGUGGCCGUCUGACCAGAAAGAGCCUGUCGUGGCACAGCAGUAACUCCAUGGACGAGGAGAACCGCGGGAACAAGCGGCGGGUAGUCCCAGAAGGAUGCUUCUCAGUCUACGUGGGGCCCCAGAGGCAGAAGUUCGUGGUCAAGACUGAGUAUGCGAACCACCCUCUAUUUCGGAUGCUGCUCGAAGAAGCCGAGGCCGAGUAUGGGUACAGCAGUGGAGGCCCUAUCGAGCUCCCAUGCGACGUGCAGGUGUUUUACAGGGUGCUAGUGGAGAUGGAUUCCGAUGACAGGAUCACUGGGAAAAGGCACGGGUGUGGGCUCGCUAAGGGCUACGAGAGUGCUUAUCGCCUCCUCAGCCCGUCUAGGAUGAUCGCUAUAAAUCAAUUCUGAUUUACCUCACACGUGCUACAUAUGUAUAUGUAUACGCGAGAAGUUACGUAUCGACUUAUGUAAGUUAACACAUAGUGCGUUGCAUGUGUCAAUUUCAUCUCUCUUGUGAUAAUGUUGCAGAGUUGUAAGCAUAUUAUAUGGGUCGCUGUGUUUUGCAUAAUUAAUCAAGUGAUGUUUCAAAUAUUUGUAAUUACAGGAGUCCAUGCAGAUCCUCCCCCCCACCCCUUAUUUUCAGUGAAAUUACGUGUUGGCUUGACUGUAA